AUGAGCGUUCUUGCACCGCCGCCUUCGCCGUCGCCUUCAUCGUGCUUUGAUGCGAUGCUCUCCGACACGGACAUCAACAUCGACCGAGCCAUGCCACCCACCAGCCUCAAGCGCAAGGCAUCCAGCACAAAGUCGCGGGCAGCGGCGGCCACCCACGCCUCGAGCAGCGACGCCGAGAACCGCCCUUUGAUUCAGUCCAGCUCGGCCUCCACCAUCGCAAAGCCAAAGCGUGCUGCCGGGGUCGCCGACAUGGCGCCGUCCAAAUCCGCAUCGACCUCUUCUCCCGCCCCGGCUGCAAAGAAGGCCAAGCUCACCUCCUCGGCUGCGCUCGUCGAGCUCAGAAAUGGCAAGCUCGUCCUCAAGCAGAAGCCGUUCAACUGGGCCAGCACCAUGCCCGUCCUCAAGGCGGUCAUCACCUUCCAAGAGUUCCUCGACGUUCACGAAAAGCUCGACAGCAUCCCCCAGGACCAUCUGCAUGUCAUUGCUAAGCUCGCCCAGGAGAGCGACAAGUCGCUCGUCGAGCUCGCCAAGGCCAUUCGAAGCAAGAUUUUGCCCGAGGCUGACCUCGGUUCGAGCGAGUCCGACGACUCGGCCACGUCUGGCGCAGGAGCCAAGGCCAAGCUGCCGCUUUCCUGCAUUCAGGCUGCCAUCAGUGCAGUGGCCGAGAGGAGAAACUACGGCAUCGACGCCGCCAUCGCAGGCCCGCACGCGUCAAGCAGCGAUGCUGCCGAUGCCGUCGCUGUGCCUGCACCUCUCCAGCUGUGGAGAUGGGAGGUGACAGACUUGACCAUGCUGCCAUCCGAAUUUAUAGAGAAGCUCCUACAACGCCGAAGCGAGCGCGAAUCGGCACGCACACAGGCAGAACAGUUGUUCAGCAGUCUCACCGAACAGGAAAAGCAGGCGCUCCUUUCCAAGAGCACAAAAGCCAAGAUCUCAGCCACCGUUGCUGCUGACGCUCAAGUGCAUACGCCGGCGGGUUCGAGCGCUUCGCAACCAAUCGCCAUCGACGAUGACAAUGACGACGGUUCCGUGGCUGACACCGAGCACGACCGCAAAGCCGCACAGGCUCCUUCGACCCCUGUUGCCUCACGCAAGCGCAAGUCGCCCUCGUCCACUUCCACCCCGCAAUCCACUGCCAAGAGCUCGGCGAUGGCCGGCGACACGUCCGCCUCGGCUACAUCUUCACCAAGAGAGAAGAAGAGGGCCAAGGAUGCUGUGGAGCUGUCGCCCGAGAAGCAAAAGGAGAAGGAGGAGAAGGAUGCUGCAAAGGCAGAGCGCCUCAAGGCGAAGGAGGCCAAGCGACUCGAACGCGAGGCCAAGGAGCUCGAAAAGCAAAAGGCGAAAGAGGCAAAGGAGGCUGAACAGAAGAAGGCCGAGGAGCUCAAGCAGCGCCAGGUCAACUUCUUCACCUCGUUCGUCAAGAAGGCCGCCCCGAAGAGCCCGUCCAAGUCGGUUGUUACUGCUGCCGCGAGCAGCACUGCCUCCGGGAAGCCGGCCGAAGACGUCUCCGACUUUGACCGCACCUUCCUGCCUUGCCAGUACAAGGACCUGGCACCCAUCAACCGCUUCGCAUCGAGAUCCGGCAGCAAGCCAGAGCUCGAGAUGGGCCAAGACGACCUCAGCCGCGAUGAAAUGCUGUCGCAGUUCCUCACGCGCGCAUCUGCUCUGAGCGGCAAUGCCGGCACACGUGCCAGGCGCCGCAAAGGGGUCCACCCGCCCGCGUCGGUACGCGAGAUCAAGCGGGUCGUGACCGAGUCCGACGUGCUCGGGGGGAACGCCCAGGAGCAGGCCGAGAAGGCGCUCGAGACGCUGCAAGACCGCGGCAAGGUGCAGAUGAAGCUGCUCCAGUUCGAAAGCGAUCGUCGUCCGGGCUGGUACGGCACGUGGACCAAAUCCACCAACCUCAUCAGCCCGCGUUGUCCGCUCGGACAGGACCCGGUGUCGCUCGACUACUCGUACGACUCGGACGCCGACUGGGAGGAGCUGGGUCAGGUCGAGGGCGAAGACGUGCAGGACGGCGAGGAAGAGAAGGAGGACAGCGUCGGCGACUCGGACGAGGACUCGGAGAUGGACGACUGGCUCGUCGACGACCUCGAAGUCGAGGAGGAGGAGGAGCAGGCUCGCUCUGCGGCCAACGCGAUGGACGUCGACGACGAGAUCGUCGAGGUCGACAAGUUAGGCAUGCCCGUGCCCGCUCAGCCAGUCACCACCAACUUGCUCCACCCCAAGAAGAAGAAGAAGGUCAAGCUAUUAGGCCGCCGCUUCGACGCCAAGCUUGUGCCGUUCUCGACCGGUCCACACUGGGAGAGCGAGUUCGGCCGCUGCGACUACGACCUCUUCUCGUCGUACCGUAUCGAGCUGCUCAACGACGCGUGCUUCGGCCUGAACCCGUUCACGUUCACAUCGGCCGAGCCCGCCUCCUCCACAAGCGAGCCUGACGAGGCGGGCAUCGUCGAUACGCCCACCAAGCCACGCCGCGGCCUCCCCGCUGGCGGCGUGCUGGCGGCGCUGUGGGGCGAUGUUGCAGUCGCGUCCGAUGCUCCUCCUGCCCAUGCCGCUCCCGCUGCCGACAAGCCCGAAGCCGCUGCGCCGACGGCGUUCAAGCACCAGCUGCAUCCCGACGCGAUCGCGCCGCUGCUCGCGCGCAUCCACGGCAGCACCAAGACGCGCGCCGGCCUGGUGGACGACCUCAAGGAGAUGCUCGACCAGCUCGCCAUGCCCGCAUCCAAGAACGCCAUCGGCGAGCGCCUCACCGCCUACGCCACCAAGGAGAAGAAGCCCAAUGCGCCAUGGGUGGUCAAGCCGGCAUUUGCGCAUCUGCUCCCCUCUUAG